UUCUCCCGUGGCUUUGGACAAGAUGUCCCAAAUCACCCUGUUGAAGAAAUUUUUAAGUUCCUUAAGGAGGUUAUGGCGUUGGAAGGGACGUUUAAUUUUGGUGGUGUAAACAGUUCUUUUCACUGUAACUUCUGGCCUUAGAGAGGUGCCUGAAUAACUUGCUCAUGGGCACCUAGCUGGAGUAAUCUGAAGGAUCCUAAGUCCUUUUUCCAAGACCAGCGCCAGCCACACCAUUGUGUGGCCUUAGCUCAUAAGGAGUGUUGGCCUUAUAAUCAGAAAGACAGAAGACUCGGCUUUGUCUGAUGCUUUCAGUAGAUAGAACUUUUGGUUUAGAACCAGAAAGACCCAAGUUCAAAUCUAGCUUCAGAUAUCUAGCUGUGUGACUGUGGGUAUGUUAUCUGCCUUAGUAAAAUGUGGAUGUAAUAAUGGCAUUGUGAGUUUUAAAUAAGAUUUAUAAAGCACUUGCACAGCACUUGACACAUAACAGACAGUAAAUGCUUGUUCCCUUCCUCCAAGAAACUACCAGAUCUAUUAAUCUCUUUGAGCCUCACUUAUUUUUUAUAUAAAAAGAGGAGGGUUAAUAAUUCUAGCAUUAAUAUUUACUUCAAAUGAUUGCUUUAAGGCAUAAAAAAAUUUAGAAUGAAUGACAAACAAAUGAGAAAGUAUUAAGUACUACUUAUUUAUAUUCCAAGGAAGUUCUGGAAAUAUGGACACAAAAACGAUUGCCUGCCCUAAAAGAGCUUAUAUUCUCUUUUUAAUAGGGUAAAGAUAACACCUAUAAGGAAUAUUUUAGUAUGAGUAUCUAAAACUAAAACAAGUGACACAAUUUUGAGGGUCUCUAGGUUAUUCACAUUUGACACUCAAGUUUCCAUGGUCUUCAGCUUGUAGCAACUACUCACAGAUUCUUAGGGUAGAUGAAGGAUCUGUUUCUCCCCAAACUACAGUCCAAAAGACCCAUCUGGUGAAUUUAAUAACCAAUAGAUCCAAUUCAAAGCAAAAGAACUUUUAACUAUAAAAUGUCUUCCCCCAUAAGCCUGGGGUACCAUUUCCCUGCAUAUACAUACAUUACUGGGAAGGGGGGAAACAAAUUUAGAGUACAUUGGUCCUGAAGCACCACUGUCAGAACCCAUAUGACCAGGGCAUUUUAUGCAUAACUCUUGAUAUUUCGCUUCAUGGACCUCUGCUCCACCCCAGGUAUAGCAUCUCUGCUGGUUAAGAUAGUCAGUUGGGAUCUCUAGGCAGGUCUGCUGCCUUCCAACUGCCAGGGCUAGCUCUUGAUUGAAUCCAAAAGUGAGCUUGCUGCUAGAGGUCAUAAGCCUCUCUGUGAGAAUGUAUUUCUGUUUUCUGUCAAGCCACUAAAGCUUUUGAACUGUUCCUUCCCUUGGUGACCCCUGUUGAUUAUGUAGCUCCAUGUUCAAUGACAUAGAUGAUGAUGAGUUUGGGAAAGGAAAAAAUUCCCUAUCUGCCUUUUGGUAGAAUCUCAGAGCCAUAUUCCACAAAGCUACUCCAUGCCUCUAAGACCUCACAGUAAGUCAAACUAUCCUCUGGGCAAGACAGACUUAGUCUUUUUUAAAAAUGAUUUUUUUUUCUAGUAAACAUUUACUGCAAGUUAAAACAACUUUGAGGUACCAUCUCACAUCUCUCAGAUUGGCUGACAGAAAAGAUAAUUAUGAAUGUUGGAGGAGAUGUGGAAAAACUGGUCACUGAUACAUUGUUGGUGGAUUUGUGAACUAGCCAUUCUGGAGAGCAAUCUGAAACUCUGCCCAAAGGACUAUAAAAUGGUGCAUACUCUUUGUCCCACCAGUGCCAUUACUGGGUCUGUAAUCCAAGAAAAUCAUAAAGGAGGGAAAAGUACACAGUGUACACAUGUACAAAAAUGUUUGUGGCAGCAAAGAAUUGGAAAAUGUGUAGAUGCCCAUCACUUGGGGAAUGACUGAGCAAGUUGUGGUAUAUGAAGAUAAGGGAAUAGUAUGGUUCUAUAAAAAUGAUGAACAAGCUGAUUUUAGGAAGGCUUGGAAAGAUUUACAUGAACUGAUUCUGAGCAAACCAGGAAUACAUUGUACACAAUAAUAACAAGAACCUACAAUGUUCAACUAUGAAAGACUUGGUUCUUCUCAGUGGUUCAGUGAUCCAAGGCAAUUCCAAUAAACUUUGGACAGAAAAUGCUAUCUGCAUCCAGAAAAAGAAUUACGAAGAUUGGAUCAACACAUGCUAUGUUCACUUCUUUUUCUGCUCUUUAGUCUCUCCCAUGUUUUUCCCCUUUUGCUCUGAUUUUUAUUUCCCAACAUGAUUCAUAAAGCAAUAUGUAUUAAAAAUAAAUAUUUUUAAAAGAAGCACUUACUUUUCUCUCCCCCAUUAAAAAACAAAAACAAACCAAAAAGCCUUGUAACACAUAGAAAAACAAAACUAAUUCUCACAUUGGCUUGGCCCAAAAAUAUGUGAUCUACUGAAUCUGUAGCCCAAAGAGAUCAAAAGAGGGAAAAGAAUCCACAUAUGCAAAGCUAUUUGCAGCAGCUUUUUUGUAGUGGCAAGAAAUUGGAAAUUGAGUGGAUGCUCAUCAAUUGGGGAAUGGUUGAAUAAGCAAUGGUAUACUAAUGUAAUUGGAUAUUAUUGUCCUAGAAGAAAUUUUAAGUGGGCUGAUUUCAGAAAAUCCUGGAGAGACUUACAUGAGCUGAUACUGAAUGAAGUGAGCAGAACCAAGAAAACAUUGUACAGAGUAACAGCAAGGUCAUAUGAUGACAGCUAUAUGACUGACUUAGGUUUUCUCAGCAACACAGUGAUCCAAGAAAUUCCAAUAGACUUGGGAUGGAAAAUGUCAUGUGUAGUUAGAGAACUAUGGAGACUGAAUAUAGAUUUGAAGCAUCUUUCCACCUUUUAUUUGAUUUCUUUUUCUUGUAUUUUCCCCACUUUUGAUAUGAUUUCUUGCACAUAACAAAUAUGGAAAUGUGUUUAAAAGGCUUGUACAUGUAUAACCUAAAAAUGUGUGUGUGAAAGAAAGGAGGGAGGAGCAAGACAGAGAAAGAGAAGGGGGGGUGAUCAAGACAGAGGGAGGGAGGAAGAGAGAGAAGGGGGGGGGAAUUGGUGCACUUUACUUUAGAAAGUCAAAACAUUCAGAUAACAUAGAUCUUGUCGGUGUUUACAAAGUAUGGGGAGGAGUAAUCUGAUUGAAUGGGAAGGGCAGCUAGCCAUUGGCUGGGUGAAGCUGGGCCACAUCCCUGAAAGACUUGAAAAAGCUAAUCCUGGACUAAUUUUUAAAAAUGCUCCAAAUCACUUAAUAGAAUACAGAAAUGCAAAUUUUAAAACAACUCUGAGUUUCUACAUACAACCUUGAAAAAGCAGGGCAAGUAGUAUCCCCACUUUACAUUUGAGAAACCAAGAUUCAGUUAAGAAUUUGCCCAAGCUCCCACCAGGAGAAACUAGAGCUCAAGCCCGCAGCUUAGCCUAGUGGUCCCGGCCAGGAUGCAAAUCCUUGUACUUGAAUGUGAACAAAGGGUUUUAUGCGGGAAAUGGGGGUGUGGGGACAGAGGAGGGUGCAGUAGUCAAUGUCAGUUUCUGGACUCAUCAACACUAAAUUACAUCUCAGGGGACAUAAAACCCCACCACUCCGCCUCUCCCAGGGAAUGCCUAAUAAAACUACACCUGAUACCACGCCUGACUCCGGCUGUCAGAGGCAGGGGAAGAACAGACUCCUUUGCCUGACUGCUCUGCCUCUGAAUCUCCUUCCUUAGCUCCCUAAGACACCCACUUUACUGGAACCCCAAAACCCAGGGCCUUAGGAUCUGCUUGCUGUUUGGCCUCUCCCCAUUCUUAACCGAAUAAUCCGAGGCAUCCACAGACCUGUCAGUGUCCAGAGUCCAGGGUGAUUUUUGGUCCUAAACGCAGCCCUGCCUGACGCGACCUAAUGCAGACGCUUUGUACCCCCUCCUCCUCCCUGAUUCCUGAGCUGCUCUGGCCACAGGUCUGAGACGGGUGUGGCUUGGGCGGGCUUUAGGACCCUGAGGUACCCUGGGGCUGCUGGACACUCCUUUAAGCCUCGGGCUGUCUGACGGUCCAGCACAGCUGCUGCGGAGUCCUUGCCCGCACCUGGCUGGCCCGGGCGGGCGGGGUGAUGGAAGGCCUGGUCCGCUUGCUGCUGUGGCUCAGCUCUGGGGGUGCCAUUCUCUGCUCCUCGAGCUCCGAGUCUCCGGUACCUUCCCUCACACCCCCGCCUCUGCCGCCUCCCGUCCUCAAUCUCGAGAGGACCGGUGUCGUCUCUCACAGUGGCACUCAAGAGCCAGCAGUUUUCCAUGGCCUUUCCGAUGGUCAGUGGCAGUUUUCCACCUGCGGAGCUAGCGGGAGGCGCGGCCCCACGCAGGCGCAGUGCGACGGGGCGUACGCGGGAGGCAACGUGGCGGUGACCGUGGGAGCUGAGGGCUCCCUGCGGGGAGUGCAGCUCUGGAAGGUGCCGGCUCCCGCCCGUUAUCUGAUCUCUGCUUACGGGGCCGCCGGAGGCAAAGGAGCCAAGAAUCACAACUCUCGGGCCCAUGGGGUCUUCGUCUCGUCUAUCUUUACCUUGCACCAAGGGGAGCUGCUCUACAUCCUGGUGGGGCAGCAGGGAGGGGAUGCCUGUCCCGGAGGGAGCCCGGAGAGCCAAGACGUUUGUCUCGGGGCUUCUACAGCAGCGGAGGAAGAAGAGAAGGCGGCUGGAACCCCAGGAUCCCUGGGUCGCAGGCGCUGGGCUGGAGGGGGCGGGGGCGGGGGGGGCGCCUCUUACGUCUUUCGGCGGCUGCAGUCGGGGGAACUGGAGCCUCUGUUGGUGGCUGCGGGCGGCGGGGGCCGAGCCUACCUGAAAAGGCGACAGAGAGGCCCUCCGGUCCCGACCUGGGAGAAGCUGGAGAACCGGACCUCAGCGCCCGGGAGUGGCGGGAGGGGCGGGGCCGCAGGUGGAGGAGGCGGAUGGAGAUCGGGAGCUCCCUCGGCACAGGGCGGUCGCUCUGUGCUGGAGGGAGCGGAGGGUGGCCAGGGCUGUCCGGAAGCCUGGGCUGCGCUCCGCUGGGCUCCGACUGGCGGCUUUGGGGGCGGGGGCGGACCCUGCACCGCGGGAGGCGGCGGCGGCGGCUACCGGGGGGGUGAUACUUCACAGACAGAUGAUCUCUGGACAGAUGGGGAAGAUGGCGUUUCCUUUGUACAUCCCAGCAGUGAGCUCUACCUGCACCCUUUGCAAGUCACGGAGAACCACGGCGAGGUGGACAUCCGGCUGCACCUCAACUGCAGUCACUGUCCCUUGAAAGAAUGUCACUGGAAGGCUGAGCUGCGGGCGGCUGUGUGCCUGUGCCCAGACGGCACCGCCUUGGUCGGGGAUAACGCUACUUGCACAGAACUGCCCGCCCCCCUGAGCCCUCUGGUUCUGACCAUGGUAGUGGUGGUGGUGAUGGCUUCCACCCUGAGCCUGCUCUUGGUCUGUGGAGGUCUGGUAGCACACCAGCAGAAGUGGUGGGGCUUGUGGGGGACAAGACUGCCAGGAGCCGAGUUCUCUCUCAGCAAACUUCGAAUCUCAGCCAUCAGAACCGCCCCCAAUCCCAACUACUGCCAGGUUGGGCUUUGUCCACCCCUGCCCUUGCCCCUCCCUCCAGGGCUUCUCGAGGUUCCCAGAGGCAAUAUCACUCUGCUCAGAGCACUGGGACACGGUGCCUUUGGUGAGGUCUAUGAGGGGUUGGUGCUGGGCAUUGCUGGUGGCCCCAACCCACUUCAGGUGGCUAUCAAGACCCUCCCAGAACUCUGCUCCCAACAGGAUGAGAUGGAUUUCUUGAUGGAAGCCCUUAUCAUCAGUAAGUUCAGCCACCAGAACAUUGUGCGGUGUGUGGGGCUUAGCCUCCGGACCCCGCCUCGGCUCAUCCUGCUGGAGCUGAUGGCCGGCGGGGAUAUGAAGAGCUUCCUGAGACACAGCCGGCCACACCCGGGCCAGCCUUCCCCGCUGACCAUGCGAGAUCUGCUUCACCUUGCCCGUGACGUGGCCCAGGGCUGCCACUACCUGGAAGAAAACCACUUCAUCCACAGGGACAUUGCAGCCCGGAACUGCCUCCUGACCUGCGGUGGACCUGGCCGAGUGGCUAAGAUUGGUGACUUCGGGAUGGCUCGGGACAUCUACCGAGCAAGUUAUUAUCGAAAGGGAGGCCGGGCUAUGCUACCUGUCAAGUGGAUGCCCCCUGAGGCUUUCCUGGAGGGCAUUUUCACCUCCAAGACUGACUCCUGGUCUUUUGGGGUCCUGUUAUGGGAGAUCUUUUCACUGGGCUACAUGCCUUACCCGGGUCGCACCAACCAGGAGGUGCUGGACUUUAUCAUCGGCGGAGGCAGGAUGGACCCACCUCGGAGCUGCCCUGGCCCAGUGUACCGCAUCAUGACCCAGUGCUGGCAACAUCAGCCUGACCACCGGCCCAACUUUGCCAGUAUCCUGGAACGGCUCCACUAUUGUUCCCAGGACCCAGAUGUGCUGAACACACCUCUACCAGUUGACCUAGGGCCAGCCCCAGAGGAAGAGGGGACUUCCGUGCUGGGGAAUGAUCUCUCACACCCCCUGCUAGCUGCAGGCGGGGUGAAUGCUCCGCAGCCUCAGGAGCUGCGGGUGGACAACCUUGAGACUUGGGGAGUGAGUUCCUCUGGCCCCAAGCCCUCCAAGGCCAAGGGGCUCCAGCUGCUGGACAAGAGGCAGAGUCUGUGGAAUCCCACCUAUGGGUCCUGGGCCUCCCCUGGUGUUGAGGGUGAAGACUCAGGCAUUGAAGAGAACAGCACUUCCUCCCCCAGCCCUUCCCCCACCUUUCCUAGUGACCCAGCUCUCCUGAAGUCCAAUUCCCUCCUCCCUCUGACUCACCCCCUCCCAGCCUGUGAUGAUGGGGUAUGCUGUCUGUCAGGGUGGGACCUAAAACGGGGUGUCUCUCAGGCUGAUGUGGAGGGACCUUGCUCUUCGGAAGCCGCCACUGCCUUCUAAGGGCAUGAUUCCCUCCCUCUGGCCACCUUAACUUGACCCUGCUGCUUCGAGGAGUGUCCCCCUCCUUCCCUCACAUGCAUCCCUCCUCCUGAUCAGCUCCCAAUCCCCACCAUGACUCUGAAUUGGUGACAGGCCUGGGACUCCUUUCCUUUUGCUGCUUGCCCUCUGAACUUGUAUUUAUAAUGCUCUGGAAUAAAAAGCUGCCCCUGGGA